UUCUUCCUCCAAUGUUUUGUUCUCCGCAGAUCCAGACUGGGCCUCUCACACGCUGGGGGUCUUCAUUUGCUUAAAUUGUUCGGGGAUCCAUCGCAACAUCCCCCAGAUCAGCAAGGUGAAAUCCGUCCGUAUGGAUGAAUGGGACUCGGCGCAAAUUGAGUUUAUGGCUUCCACGGGGAACACAUUCUCCAAAGUUAAAUACGAAUCCAAAAUCCCACCAUUUUAUUAUAAGCCAACUUUUUUGGACUGCCUACUGUUACGAGAACAAUGGAUCAGGGCUAAAUACGAAAGGGAAGAAUUCAUUUUCACCGAGAAGCAGGAGCCUUAUUCUGCAGGCUACCGGGAAGGAUAUCUGUGGAAGAGGGGACGUGACAACGGGCAGUUUUUGAGCAGGAAAUUUGUCCUGUCGGAACGGGAAGGAGCCCUGAAGUACUACAACAGAAAUGAUGCCAAAGAACCCAAAGCGAUUAUGAAAAUUGAGCAUCUCAACGCCACCUUCCAGCCUGAGAAAAUCGGAAACCCUCACGGGCUACAGAUCACCUACUUGAAGGACAACAGCACAAGGAAUAUUUUUGUUUACCAUGAAGAUGGCAAGGAAAUGGCGGACUGGUUCAACGCCAUCCGGGCCGCGCGAUUCCAUUACUUGCAAGUGGCGUUCCCCGGAGCCAGCGAUAUUGACCUGGUGCCAAAACUUUCAAGGAAUUAUCUGAAGGAAGGCUACAUGGAGAAAACUGGGCCAAAGCAAACAGAAGGGUUCAAAAAACGCUGGUUUACCAUGGAUGAUAGAAGAUUAAUGUAUUUUAAGGACCCUUUGGAUGCUUUCGCCAGGGGAGAGGUUUUUAUUGGGAGUAAAGAAAACAGUUACAAGGUCCUGGAAGGGCUCCCACCGUCAACCCAGGGAAAUCACUAUCAGUACGGAAUUACCAUCAUCACCCCUGACCGGAAGUUCCUCUUUGCCUGUGAGACCAAAAGCGAUCAGCUGGAGUGGAUCUCCGCUUUUCAGAAACUGAUCAACAGGCCAAUGCUGCCGCAGGAAUACGCAGUGGAAGCCCAUUUCAAGCAUAAACCCUAAGUGACGACGUCGAAGCAAGAUUAGUUUACAACGCACCAGGACGUUGGUUUUGUUGUUAAGUUUUUGUUUGCCGAGGCUAGCAAUGACCAAAAAGAAAAAAGAAAAAGAAAAGAAAACGUAAUUUAUAUGAAUUAGUGAAUCCUCUUAGACCACAAGAUGGGAGGUGCAAUUCAAAUGCUUGAGCUGCGGAUCAUGAUGCUGUCCGUCCAAAGGAGACCGAAAUCACAGGCAACAGCACUUUUCUGAGAAUGUCGUUCUUGAACACUUACGGGUGAAUAACCUGGGCACACUAGUUAAAAAAAAUUGUGUCUGACGUUUUGGAAGAAUCCUGUCGCAAUGUCCUUUUUCUUUUUCUGAAUUUCUUUUUCUUUUUUUAAACAGAACAUAAAACAAAUCCAUCAUCCAUUACAAUUGCGAACAGUGGUUGUCAGUCGGUUACAAAUCUUUGGUGCUUCAUCCCCCGUAUUCAGAAUGUACUAUUUCCUUUCUUUUCUUUUCUUCUGUUUGGCUCUUGGCUGGGCUAUUAUGGUUAUAUCCUUGUGCGGAACAUGUUCCAAGAAGAUUCACGUUCAGAGAUUGUGGCAGUACCUAGAAACCGUCGUUGGAAGGUACCGGUCGUGAUGCAGAAACUCUGGUCUGGGAGUAGGCAGGAGGAACGGGAGGAGGGAAGAUAGAAAGAGGUUGUACGUGAUGAAAUUUGGACAAUGGACUUCCGUUAUCUUGCUGUCAAAUACGUGGUGGCAUCAUCUAAUGCAGUGUUUCUCAACUUUGGUACCUUGAAGAUGGGUGGACUUCAACUCCGCUGCUGGCUGGGGGAUUCUGGGAGUUGAAGUCCACCCAUCUUCAAGCUUCCAAGGUUGAGAAACACUGAUCUAAUGCAUCCAUUCCGCUGGCCCAGCCUUAAAAGAAUAAUAGAGUUGGAAGGGACUUUGGAGGUCUGUUAGUCCAAUUCUUGCUCAAGCAUCUUAUACUAUUUCAGACGAAUGGCUGUCCAAUCUCUUCUUAGAAACUCUCCAAUGAUGGAGCACCCACAACUUCUGAAGGGCAAGCCCUUCCACUCAUUCAUUGUUCCACUUGUUCUCUGGGAACGUUGCUAAACUUAACAAAAUCAGGGAGCAAUGACCCCCUCCUCCUCAACACCUCUUGAAGAUGUUUGAUGCGGAGAGGUUGGGUUUAGCUCUUUUUUGGGGUUGUUUUGCUUCUUGUCACGUUGUGAUGCUUGAAGGACCGACCCUUAUCGUGACAUUUGAGCAGGAAGGGACAAGCUAAGAAGGAGAUGCAAAAAAAAAAAAACAGCCUCUCAAUUUUGGACCGGGACAGAUCUGCAUGACUCAAUAAGGAACUGAAAAAAGCUAGAUUUCCCCAUCUUUGAACUCUGCAGGAGCAUCCAUGCUACUGUCCCCAAAAGGUCAAGAUGGUAGCUGUGAUGGAACAUCGCGAGCAUUAUCCUUGCUCAGAAGAAUUCACGAUAUUCUUCUUAGAAGAAUUCAGGAUAUUGUCACCCAACCACCACGGCCAAGCUGAUGAACCGGGACAAACUUUUGCCAGUUGUCCUUUGACAAUAGGCCAGCCAUGAGUGAACUUCUGCAAAGCAGUGAUUAAAUGCACACAAAAGCACUAAGCUAUGAUUUGCUUCAUCUCGGUUUAAAGACUUAAGCCACCUUUGAGUUUGCAUCCUACGCGAAGCCUAGCACAAACCCAACUCAAUUCAUGGCGGAGUUGGAUGGUUUUCACUACUUUCGAUGUCAGAAGUGACUUUUCCAAGAAGACACCAAAGCUAACAACAACAAGAAGAAGCCUUUAAUCCAUGGGUGGGCAAUGAAUUUUCCCAAGAUGCCACAGGAGAAAUUAGGCCUGUUGUGGAGGGCCAAACCAAUUGGACUGAAGGUGUGUAGAUAAUUUUUUUUUUAAAAAAAAAGUUGGUGUCUUCAAAAUGAAAGCAAUGCAGCAAUUUUGCAUGCCCGGCGUACACUUAUUUACACAUUUGAUUUCCAAUUUUGGAUUGAUCUUCCCGUGGGGUGGACAGCGACAACCGAAAGGGCCAGACGUGGCCCAGGGGAGCCGUAAGAUACCCAGGUCUGCUCAACCUCAAACAAAGCAUCCGUUAAAAACCGUUCAUUCGUAAAACCGCUUAAAGACUAAACCCAGCGCAAGUAGCCACAAGUUAGAAAGCAAACCAUGGUUUGAUUCAGAGCUCCGUUAGCUUCAAUAGGCAAGAGAUUUCCUGUGAUGGUUUGUUUGUUUGUUUGUUUGUUUUUUGGCAAGUGGGAGCUAUUUAGGAGUUUGCUGCACGAGGACUAUCGUUGACUAAUAUGGGAUUUUAAUUUUACUUCUAUUUUCAUCGUGUUUAAGCCACCCGGCAACCGAUUCGCGCCUCUCUCUCCUCUAAAGCCAGAUUCCCACCGUUCGUAGCCAUUACUUUGUAUGAUUGUCUAUUUAUACUGACUGACUCAGCAGGUUAAUUCACCCUUUGGCUGAAACCUCCUAGUUUCUCAUCUUCUGGAUGUAAGAUUAUAUUAAUUCUUGCUCCUCCGCAGGCUCAGCUCUUACCUUCACAACUUUUUUGACAAGUCAGGUACAAAAGAAUUCUUCUGAAGAGUCCAGGACUAGGUUUUCCUGCAUCUGAAGACACAGUCUGGAUUUAAACCGGUUUCUUCCAAUGUUUCUGUAAGACCAGGUUUGUCUGUCUCGUGCGUUACGUUUGUUAAGUUUGAUGGUUAAGACAGUUGUGGUACUAACUAUCACCCACACCAAUAAAUUAUUAUCCUGUUGGCUUGA